UGUUUUUUGCAACUAUGAGUCAGCUGUCAUUUGUAUUUGAGAGUGUUUAUUCCUGCGUCUGGGCCGCGUUUUAAAGCACCGCAAACUGCCGCCAGACCUUCCUGCCUUCGGUUCGGCUGUGUGGUUUCAUCCGAGAGCCUCGGAGCGCAAACAGGAGCGCGGCAGGAGCUCUGGGAGGACGACCAGGACGUGGAUUUGGGCGGUCGGAUGAUAGAUUCUCUGCAGAGCAGAAACAAGCAGACGCCGGCAUCAUCAGAAGUAUAAAGAAGAAGAAAAAAAUUGGCUCAAAGUUGUAAUUCGGUGAGGAAAGUCGUGCGCGUAAGAAAGGAUGCCAGCCAGGCGUGGCUUGUGUUGGAAUGUCCAAUGUGAGAAUGCGUGGGGAGUAUGUAUAUAAUAGAGACUUUCCAUCUGAUAAACAUAUCAAACUGAUUACAGUAAAGGACGAGUCGUAAGCUGAUCUGGGAGCAGCUGUGCGCGCUGGGUACGCUUUGUGCGUGCAUGGACCGGACUUGUGCCUUGCGCCGUAAACUUUUUCAGCCCACAUUUCCAAAUGCCUUUGUUAAAUUUGACAGCUGUGCACACGAUGGGAGAGGUCGGGGCUUUUUUGGGGACGCUCGACUUGGAUUUACAAAGCCUCCCCGCGCUGGGAAACGUGCCCCUACCGGAGUCUCCUGUGGGUUUGACGGAGCGCCUGGGCCAGAUUGAGGGGAGGCUGCAGCGCGGUUCGCCGACGGAUUUCGGGCACCUCAAAGGCAUCCUGAGGCGGCGGCAGCUGUACUGCAGGACCGGCUUUCAGCUGGAGAUAUUCCCCAACGGGACUGUGCACGGCACAAGACAGGACCACAGCAGAUUUGGCAUCCUGGAGUUCAUCAGUCUGGCAGUGGGUCUGGUCAGCAUCAGGGGGGUGGACGCUGGACUCUACCUCGGCAUGAAUGAGAAAGGAGAGCUCUAUGGGUCGAAGAAACUGACAGCAGAAUGUGUGUUCAGGGAACAGUUUGAGGAGAACUGGUAUAACACCUACGCUUCAACUCUGUUCAAGCACACGGACACAGGACGGUUCUACUAUGUGGCCUUAAACAAGGACGGCUCGCCCAGGGAGGGCAGCAGGACUAAAAAACACCAAAAACUCACCCAUUUCUUACCCAGGCCAGUGGAGAUCGAAAAGAUUCCUCAGGCGUACAGGGACGUCUUCCAGUACAGGUGACCAGCGCUGAAAUGCGUGCGCUGUGGAUACGUGGGAGCUGCGGCAGAUGUGGCGCAAACGUGCCCGUGACCUCAGAGGGCAACUUUUUCUUUUUUUUUUUUAUUAAAACCACUGCAAGUGUGCAGGAUGAGAGAGAAGGCUGGAGUGACUGAGAGUCUGGCCUCAGGUGUGAAUCACUGCCCAGGUGUGGAGCGAUUACCAAAAAUCAGGUGGCUCGUUUUGUCAGUAACCACUAUCAGAGGUCACAUGUGGGUAACUGUGUGACAUCAGAGGUUUGGUCACGCGUGUCAGCAGCUUUGAGUCCCAACAAGCUGGUGGUCGCCUAUCAGGAGAUGUUCAGAACGGAGAGAGAGAGAGAGAGAGAGAGAGAGAGAGAGAGAGUGAAGUGUGACGACAAAGUGUGCACGGAGUAGCCAGACAUUGCAAAACAAAUAAAUAAAUAAAAUACAUAAAAAAAAAAAACCUUUGGAUUAUUACAGGGAGAACCAGCCUCUUGUCUUCAAGAUAAAACAUGGCCUCAUGCAAGAACAUUUUCGCAAAUUUCUUAUACCUUUUUUAGUACGAGGAGAUCAUAUGAACAUGCUACAUUAGAUUUGCCAAAUAGCCACAAAUCCACAGAAUUCCAUGAAUUCCACAUAAACCACUUGAAUCCUAUCUCUCUACAGUGUUCACGAGAGGAAUUAGCCAACAAAUAAGGCCACAUCCCCCGCCCAUACAUAUCAGACGUGUCCAAUACUGUUUUGUUUUUUCUGAAGAGGAAUGUUACAUCUUAUCACAUUAAUUUAUAAAAAAUAUUGGCAAUAACGAUAAAAGCAGAAUUAAAGCCAGCAAAUUGGGAAAAAAUGAGUGCUUUUAAUAUCAUUUCAUUUCACUGCUUGAUUUUCAAAAACAUUAUGACACAAGAAGGUGAUCAAGGACUGGUAUGGAACCACCACAGAACCUUUUUCCUUGCAUGGGCCCCUCACGCAUGUUCCAGAGGUGGAGGAUUAUCUGGAUGUCCCUCUCACUUCUCCCUCCACCCCCCAUCUGAUGGUAUUGGAAAUUAUGCACGGAUUGCCAGAGUGAAUUUUGUGAUUCUUGCAUUUUUCUGGUGUGAGACUACUGAAGGAAUAUUUGAAAUUAAUUAUAUUAGAAUACAUGAAUUAUUUUAGAAUUAUAUUACAAGUUAACUCAUAGAGAUAAAAGGAUAAAAUCUAAUUAUGAUGUAUAAUUUAAGUGGUAUUUUUCAAACUACAGUUGCUUUGAAAUAUGCAAUAAAUGAGUGUAAACUUAGGCUUGGCUGACAGCACAUUAGUUGCAUGAUUCUUGCUACACAUCUGGACUACUCAUAAAUUUUGUUAAUUUCUACAUAAAACUCAAAAUUUGACCAAAUUAGUGAAUGCAAGGAGUUCCCUUAAAGCUACAGUGUAUAGGCUUUAAACCUGAUUUAUGCUUCUCCAUCUCUGCAGCUCUGUAGUGAUGCAGAGCCCUCUGCAUCGCUACGUCACCUCCUAAAAACUAAAACUACACGUCGAAGCAGUGGAAACCGAAUGGGCUGUGAUUGGUCACUUUUCCGGUUUCACUCCUUCCUCUCCCGUCAGAUUUAAUGUUUUUGCAGUGCACACACAGCUUACAGUUUGAUCAUGAAUCAAAUGAGGAAUGUUUGUCAGAAGAAGUUUGCAUAAUAUGACCAACUUUACAACAUUGGAUCGAAAAUCUACAAAGACACUCAAAUGGACUGCAUUUAUAUAGCGCUUUUCCAUCUGAUUCAGAUGCUCAAAGCGCUUUACAAUUAUGCC